AUGAAGCAGCCGCCCACGUCGCCCGAGGGCGCCGCCCGCCGCGGGCUGCAUGCAGACGACAGCGCACGCCUGCUGUGCACGCCGUGCCCCCUCGCCUCCAAGGCGGGCAGCGGGGCGCCCCAGUUGGUGCUGCCGGACGAGUCAGCAGACGCAGGCGCACACUCCGCCUUCUCCUCGGCCGCCCGCACCUCCUCGGACCCCUUGCCCUCGCCGCCGCUCGCCGCGGGCGCCCCGCCCUCGCCGCGCCGGCGGUCGCCGGCGGGGCGGCGCGAGC